AUGAUUUUUCAUUUUAUAUUAUCUAUCUAUCUAUCUAUCUAUCUAUCUAUCUAUCUAUCUAUCUAUCUAUCUAUCUAUCUAUCUAUCGUCAUUCGCCUGUCCUCUAUCAAUAUGUCAUGUCCAUCUACUUUUUUUUCUUCCUUUUUCUUCCUUCCUUCCUUUCUUUCUUUCUUUCUUUCUUUCUUCUUCUUAAUUUCUGCUUCGGUAUUCAGUUCCUUAACUGACAAUUCUACAUUACAUUACUCAUGGGACCUAUCUGUCUGUCUUUCUAUCUAUCUUUCUAUCUGUCUGUCUUUCUAUCUAUCUUUCUAUCUGUCUGUCUCUCUUUCUAUCUCUUCUUUGCUUCCUUCUUUUCCACUAAUAUUGUCUAUCAUUCCUUCUGAUUCUCUAUCUCGUUUCGCCAUUGACAUCCAGUUCAUUACCUCUGGACUAUUUGCUUUCUUAAAGAACUCUUUUUUAUACCUAAAUACUUUCUUUCUUUCUUUCUUUCUUUCUUUCUUUCUUUCUUUCUUUCUUUCUUUCUUUCACUCAACAAUAUUAGCCAAUGUUGAGAGCGGUGUACACGUGACUGAAUCUAUCCAACCAAUCUAG